UGCAGAAAUUGAACGGGAUCGAAGAGAGGUCCUUGUCGGUUGCAGAGAGAGAGAGAGAGAGAGAGAGAGAGCUAGCACCCGAUCGAGAGAGAGAGAGAGAGAGAGAGAGAGAGAGAGAGAGAGAGAGAGAGAGAGAGAGAGAGAGAGAGAGAGAGAGAGGAAGAGAGGCAAUAAUGGCGAUCAUGUCGCUGGAGGCGUUGCGGAGGAGGAACGUGGCCGGCCCGCUGCUGCUGCUCAACCUCGUCCUGUACGUCCUCAUGAUGGGGUUCGCCAGCUGGGCGCUCAACAGCUUCGUCCACGGCCAGAGCCAGCAGUACUACCCACCAGGGCCGCGCAGCGCCGGCGAGGAGGCGGCGACGCUCCAGUUCAUCCAGUUCGCGCUGCUGGCGGCCGUCGUCGGCGCGGCGGCGAAGGCCGCGGCCGCGUUCCACGCACGCGCGUGGCGGCCGCAGGGCCUCGCGGCCGCCGCGGCGCUGGGCACCGUCGCGUGGGCCGCCACCGCGCUCGCGUUCGGCCUCGCGUGCAAGGAGAUGCGCGCCGGCGCCGGCGCGGCGCGCGGGUGGCGGAUGCGCGCGCUGGAGGGGCUCACCGCGGUGCUGGCGCUCACGCAGCUGCUGUACGUGGCGAUGCUGCACGCCGCCGUGGCCGGCGACCGCUGCCAGCCAGGGUGCCCCGCCGAGGACGACCAGGAGCACCACAGGGGCGGCCCCACCUGCAGUGUCAUGUGAUCGCCCACUCUCCUACCUAUACAAUGCGCACGCACAUGCUUUGGUCUUGUCUGCGUGCUGCGAUUUCCGUUCCCCUCGUGUGGAAAUUAAGCAAUUGAUGAAGCUAGUUUCCAAUUUGUAUCGUUUCGUUGUGUAUGCAUAUGACGUUGAAUAUGUGCGUGUGUAUGUGUGUUGUGGUAUUGUAAUAUGUAUAUUGUGAUGUCCAUUCGCUGCCAUGUUCCCGCGGUGCAUGGCAGCACGUAUUGCUGUUGAUGUGAAAUAAUAUGGAUUUAUAUAUAG